UGAUAACUUCUCCUUGUCUCGCGUGCCGUGUGUGUGUGUCACAAGUACUUGUUGCCACGAUUUUUCUUUCCCUUCUACUGCAGACCCCCAAUUAGUUUCAUCUCUCUCUCACCCUCUACUCCCUUCACAGGAUUUACCUUGAGCAAAAGGCACAUUCAAGAUGGCGGACGCCCCUCCUCCUGAACAGUCAAAGUCGGCGAUCAAGAAGGCCGAGAAAGCUGCCAAGAUGGCCGCCGACAAGGCUGCGAAAGCCGCCAAACAAGCGACUCUCGCCGUUGGCCAGGGCAAGAAGACUGAUGACAUUAUCGGCAUGACGGCGAAGAAGGACGUCGACUUCCCUACGUGGUAUCAGGAGGUCGUCCUGAAGGCCGAGAUGAUCGAGUACUACAACGAGAUUUCUGGCUUCUUCAUCAUGCGUCCUGCAAGCAUGUACAUCUGGAACGUCAUUCGCAAGUGGUUCCAGGAGAGGAUCGAGGCAAUGGGUGUGGAGGAGACCAGCUUCCCCAUGUUCCUCUCCUCGAAAUCCCUCGAGAAGGAGAAAGAUCACGUCGAGGGUUUCGCCCCUGAGUUGGCCUGGGUUACGAAAGCGGGUGACAAGGAUCUUGAGGUUCCUGUGGCCGUCCGUCCAACCUCUGAGGCCGUCAUGUACCCCUACUACGCCAAAUGGAUUCGCAGCCACCGAGAUCUGCCCUUCCGUCUCAACCAGUGGAACUCUGUCGUGCGAUGGGAGGCAAAGCAGACCACCCCUUUCCUCCGUGCGAGAGAGUUCAUGUGGCAGGAGGGCCACACGGCACAUCUGACCGAGGAGCUGGCUGGCCAGGAGGUUCUGGAGAUUCUCGAGCUGUACGCCGGCGUCUACGAGCAGCUGCUGGCUGUCCCGGUCGUUCGCGGCAGAAAGACGGAGAACGAGAAGUUUGCUGGCGGUUACUACACGACUACAGUCGAGGGCUACAUCCCGUCCAACGGUCGUGGCAUCCAGGGUGCGACGUCCCACUGCCUGGGACAAAACUUUAGUAAGAUGUUCGACAUCACGGUAGAGGAUCCUUCUGAGAAGGGCAAGCACAUCAACGUUUGGCAGAACUCGUGGGGUCUGUCCACCCGAGUGAUUGGUGUCAUGGUCAUGAUCCACGGUGACGACAAGGGCCUUGUCCUCCCUCCUCGGAUUGCGAAGCUUCAGGUUAUCAUCAUCCCGCUCGGCAUCACCGCAAAGACGACCGAAGAGGUGAAGCAGAAGCAUGGAGAGAAGGUGGAGCAGCUGGCGGUCGAUCUCAAGAAGGCUGGCGUUCGCUGCGAUGUCGACACCCGUGAUGGCUACACGCCUCCAUGGAAGUUCAACGACUGGGAGCUCAAGGGCGUCCCGCUGCGGGUCGAGUUUGGCCCCAAGGACAUGGAGAAGGACGUCAUCAGCUACGCACGCCGUGACACGGGCGAGAAGGGUACGAUCCCCAUCUCGGAGAUGGCGACCAAGGUUCCGGAGCUGCUUGAGACUAUCCAACAAGACCUGUACAACAAGGCCGACGCUGCCUACAAGGCCCACCGGAUCCAGGUCACCGAGUGGGAGAAGGUGGUCCCUGCUCUGGAUGCCAAGAAUGUCGUCCUCAUCCCCUUCUGUCUGGCACCCGACUGCGAGGAGAAGAUCAAGGAAACGACCAAGAGCAAGGACGAGCACGGCAACGAGCGCAUGGGCAUGAAGAGCCUGUGCAUUCCCUUUGAGCAGCCCGAGGGACUGGUCAAGGGCGAGACCAAGUGCCUGAACCCUACGUGCGGGAAGCUCGCCGAGUCCUGGGUCCAGUUCGGCAGGAGCUACUAGAAUAGAGAGAGGAUUCUUGAGUUCAACUGCCUCGUUGAGCCAUAAGAUCUCUGAUAGAUCUCCUUGCGCAAAGAAAAAUCAAAGAGCGAAAAUAAGAAAGAAAAAAAAAGAGAACAAAAAAAGUGGAUUCAAGCGUAGACGAGAGAGAGUCGAGAAUAUCAUAGUAGCAACGAUCAUGUCUAGCUAAAGUGAGAAAGAAGAUAUUCAUCCGUCAC